AGAAGGUCAUGGACAUGAAAGUCGGUGUUGUUUUAACUUGUUAGCUACAUAAAGUGGAAAUAUUGUCCUCCCGAGGCGACAUCUUGAAAGGAAUCAACCAACCACACAAAAACAAAUAGUCUGUGUUGUCAGUAAUUUAAUUAAGGUUACGUAAAUAAUUUUAAAGACCUCCACUAAUUUCCAACAGUUGAAUUCUGAAUGGAAUAUGAUUUCGACUGUGUGUUGUGUAUAAUGCUCUGUUUACAUGAUAGAGACCAGGUACAGAUUAGACCCUCAAUGAAAUGUGCAGGCAGGGUGCAGUAUAAAUAAGUUUCUAUUUUAUCAUUGUGACACGGAGUUUUUAUUUUAGUGGGGGAGAUCUGUGUGUUAUUUGAUUGGGAUAUAUGUGUAGUGUUCUGCAAUGGGGAAUAGUAACCACCAUUCACAGUACUCACCAAGUGAGGUCCCUCGGGAAUCUGGACCAUCUGAGAGGGGGAAAGAGAUCAAUGGAGCAGUUGACAAAUUGCUGUACAUGUUAAAUCAAGGAUGUACGCUGCACAAGGUCAAAAGUGGUGGUAUGCUCUAUCCACGCUCCUUCUACCUGGAUACAGAAAACAUGGUGUUACGCUACGCUGGUUCAGAAAAGCGAUUCAGGAAAAAGCGAGUGUCCUGGCCAAUAUCGAAGAUUCGCGAGGUGCGCGAGGGAGAGAAAGACUAUUCUAAACGACUGGACCCGUUUGAUAGAGGACGCUGUUUUGCUGUGGUGUUUGGUACUAAUCAUGAAGUACUAUACCUAAUGAGUGAUUCGUUCCAGACGCGCGAUGACUGGGUGAAGGGUCUACGAUUUGCUCUCCACAUGGACCAGUACAUGGACCAAAAGCAACAAACCGACAGAUGGAUCAAAGAAGCAUUCCAGAUGGCUGAUAAGAACAAUGAUGGGGGUCUGGACUUUGAGGAGAUUCUGAAGUUACUGAAACAACUGAAUGCAGAUAUGGACAAGAAAUAUGUCCAGACACUCUUUGAUAAAGCAGAUACAAAGAAAACUCAUGGCAAACCUGCCCUGGAUGCAGAAGAAUUUGUGAGGUUUUAUCACAUGUUGACAGAGAGGCCAGAAUUAGAUGAAAUAUUUAUGAGAUAUGAUGAUGGCAAGGGAUACUGGAGCUUCUCAGACCUCUGUAAAUUCUUCUUCCACGAGCAAAAGCUUGAUCUAACUGAAGACCAGUCUAAGGAAUUGAUUGCAGCGUUUGAACCUCAGAAGCAAAUGCAACUGGAAGACCACCUUGGUCCAAUAGGUUUCAGAUCACUUCUUGCCAGCCAGAACCAACAGUUAUUUAACCCAGUACACAAAAGAGUCUAUCAGGACAUGACCCAACCCAUCAUUAAUUACUACAUCAGUUCAUCUCAUAACACAUACCUAACGGAGGACCAGCUGAGAGGACCAAGUCGAGUUGAGGCGUACAUCACCGCCCUGUCUAGAGGCUGUCGCUGUGUGGAAUUGGAUUGCUGGGAUGGUCCGGAUGAUGAACCUGUGAUUUACCAUGGUUACACUCUGACCUCUAAGAUCUUUUUCCGGGAUGUUUUAUCUGCCAUUAAGGAUUAUGCCUUUCAGACCUCACCACAAAUUCCAUUCAACAGGUAUCCAGUGAUAUUAUCCAUAGAAAACCACUGUUCUGUUCGACAACAAACUGUCAUGGCAGCUUACAUCAAGUCCAUUCUAGGAGAUUUACUAUAUGCCCCUGCAGAACCACCAAACAGAAUUCCCUCCCCCCACGAACUUAUGGGCAAAAUCAUCAUCAAAGCGAAAAAAAUGGAUAAUCCAAAUGUGGGUAAGAGACUGCCCCGUACCCACAGCAGCGGUGAAGAAGGGGAGGUAAGCGAUGAAGAUGAGGCAGCUGACGUGAGCAACGAAGCAGUCCAGCCACCAAAGAAGAAAUCAGACCACAAGAUCAAGCUGUCUCCCGAUUUUUCUGAACGUGUGGGAUUUAAAGCUGUGGGAUUCAGAGGAAUACAGGAAUCCCUUAACUCAAAUGGCAUAUUUGUCUCUCUUGGAGAAAACAAAGCCCUGAAGAUGGUUGAGAAUGAUCGGGAUGGUGUUGUUCAACUAAACCGCCACAUGUUGGUGCGGACAUACCCAGCAGGCAGUAGGACAGACUCCAGUAACUACAACCCUGUACCAAUGUGGAACACAGGCUGUCAAGUUGUGGCCUUGAACUACCAGACAGCCAGUGAACCCAUGCAUUUGUUGCAGGGAAAAUUCAUGGACAAUGGUGGGUGUGGAUAUUUACUGAAACCAGGGUUCUUGUUAUCAGAUGACAAAUCAACACAUCCACCGACAAGCAGAAAGAGGCUGAACAUUACAAUUGUCAGUGGAUACCAGAUUCCCAAACCUAAUGAUUCUAAAAAGGGAGAAAUAAUUGACCCAUUUAUCAAAAUUGAGGUUCACGGAGCCAAGGAAGACACACAGCAGUGCAAGACCAGUGUCAAAAAUAACAAUGGCUUUAACCCACGCUGGGACGAAGACGUGUCCCUUGUCAUCAACCAACCAGAUUUGGCUCUCAUUCGAUUUGUCGUAUAUGAUCAGGACCGAUAUGUUGAUGAUUUCAUUGGAUAUUUUGCUCUCCCAUUCCUUUCCAUACAAGAGGGUUAUCGCCAGUUUUCCCUGUUGACCAAACGAGGAGAUAAGAUACCCCAGGCUCUGAUACUGCUGAAAGUGGAAAUUAAAGAGGCUUAACAAGAGCCUUUCAACUUCAUUAUGAAGACUGAAAUUGUCCAACAUAUUUCCAGACAACAGUUUGUCUGAUCUGCAAUAUAACAAGACCACGCCAUAAACUCAAGGGACAUAACUGCUGCAAACUCAUCAUACAUUUUGUUUGGGACCAAUGUACAAUGCUGUUAAGUAAAGCUUCCUUAGUGAUGUUUAUAAUCGGAGCAAUAGAUUUAUGUGCAAGAAAAGCCAAAUUGUUACGGAGGGGAUUGGAGCUCUAGGUGUAUGCAUUGUAUUUUUAUUCGUAAUAAUGCGCUUCUUGUAGAUUCAUGAAUGAGAAUAUGAUUUAUGAACAAUGUAUUUGAUUACAGUUUUAAAAAUGUUUUAAGGAAUCAAUAUUGAUUGUAAACUUUGAAAUUUUUAACAAAAUAUGUGAGUCAGUCUGUUAAAUCCGGUAUUUCUAGUGAUAUGUAUUAUAUACUUGUUAUUCUCUGUAAUUUUACAAUCUGAAUUGUUAUUUCUGUCAGAGCAUAAACAUUUUCUCAGUG